ACCGACUCAUGUGAACAUCGGUACGAUGCGCAACAGAAAUGGAGAAUUCCAAAUAACAGUGGAAAAUAAAGUUGCACCCCCAGAUGGGGGAUGGGGGUAUAUCGUCGCAAUAUCGACCACUUUGAUUUUCAUCGCGACUUGUACACCGUCAGCAACUUUUGGCUUAAUUUAUGGAAAAUUUUUGGCAUCGAUUGGUGAUGAAACAACUGCAACAACGCUAGCUAAUGGUUUUUUCAACGCAGUUAGUUCAUUUAUGGGUUUAGCCACAAAUAUUCUUCUUAACAAGUUUUCCGCUAGAAAAGUCGCUGUAGUUGGAUCUCUAACCUUUAUCGUUGGCGCGAUUACCUUAAUCUUUUGCGAGAACAUGGUUCAGUUUAUAGUGUUUUUCGGAGUCGUUCAAGCUUGAAUUUUUAGGUAUAGGCUUCGGUUUAUUGAUGCCAUCUUCGUUUUCUACCAUGAAUUGUUAUUUUGACAGCAAGUUAUCCAUGAUGAUGAGCUUGUCGCAGUCGUUACUCAUUGCGGCAUACAUAGGCGCAGCGCCACUGGCAACAAUUUCUAUCGAUCACUUGGGCUUCAAGGGCACAUUGGUUGUCAUAGCAGGCUUAAGUGUUUUAAGUCUUCCAGCCGCCAUGUCGUUUCAACCCGUUAAAUUGCACAUAAAAGAGAUUUCGACAGAUACCUUUGACAAUAACGAUCAAACAUUUAGUGCAAACGCAAGGCAACGUGCCAUAUCCCUGGGAAAUGACGUCUUGUAUUCUCAGAUAAAUCUUCUAACGGACUUCAAUGCCACUGAAUGUAGUUACCAAAGCCAGGAAGCGCUAAACAAUAAUAUAAUUCGAGAUGGAGGUUUUUGCAUUACGAAGCAAACAAUGUCGGUGAUCAGCCUUGGUGAUAGAAGUGCUGUAGUUCCCACCAACUUCAGCAAUAUUGGAAAGAAGUCAAUUUGGCAAUCCCUACUACAUUCAAUGGAUUUAUCGCUUUUCAAGGACCUGCGUUACCUUAAUAUCAGUGUCGGAGUGGCAUUUUCCUAUACAGCAGACUUAUCAUUUUUUCCGAUAAUUCCUCUAAUUUUGGGUAAUAUAGGAUACAGAUCAUCCGACAUAGCACUGGUUCUGUCUGUAUAUUAUGGGUCCGAUUUGGCAGCUAGACUAAUUCUUUCAGUUGUAUCGGGAUUAGUUGCAUUUGAAAGCAGAAAAGGAUUGGUUAUUGGGUCGUUAUUGAGUGCCAUAUUUGUAUUCGUAUUUGUAAUCAACGACUCGUAUGCAUUAAAAGUAGUCGCCCUUGUUUUGUUGGGUUCUCUGCGUUGCACUGUACAAACACUAAUGCCGUUAGUCUUUUCUGAAGAAUACUCUGACAUAUUUGCAACGGCUUUUUCACUGUUUAUGGUUGUUAAUGGAACGGUUGGGUUGAUAACAGCACCUUUAAUGAGUAACCACCCUCAUUCCAAUGGCUGCGUUUGGUUUGGUUUUUGGUGACUUUUUGAAGUCGGUGGGAGAUGAAACAACUGGAACAACAUUAGCAAACGGGUUUUUCAAUACCGUCAGCUCGUUUAUGGGUUUGGUCGCAAAUGUCCUUUUAAAUAUGUAUUCAUUCCGAAAAGUUGCCUUUGCUGGCUCCGUCAUAUUCACCAUAGGCACGAUUGGAGUGGUUUUUGCGGCAGAUAUGCUUCAGCUGAUAUUUUUCUUCGGAGUUGUUGAAGGUAUCGGCUUUGGUUUAAUAAUGCCUGCUGCUUUCUCAGCCUUCAAUUCUUAUUUUGAUAAGCGCAUGACCCUUAUGAUGAGUAUCUCCCAGGCCAUCAUGGUAGUAGGUUACAUGACCAUGCCGAUCAUGGGUGCGUACUUCAUGCAACACUUGGGCUUUAGAGGCACGCUAAUGUUAUUGGUUGCCCUUACUUUGCUGAAUUUUCCAUCUUCCGCCAUUUUUCAACCAGUCAAAUGGCAUGUCAAGAAAAUUCCCAUCGAAACAGAAACUCAGGAUAUUGCAAUUGAUAUUGACCACAAACGAGAGAAAACACAUUCCUUAAAUGAAGCCGUACUGAAAUCCCAAAUUGAGCCUUUGAUGAAACAUAGCCAACACAAUUUGAGUAGUAGCCACAAAUCACUUCACCAAAGACUAGGCAGUAAUCUAGUAUUACCAAAGCCUAGAAGUUCUAUUGUAAGUUUGGGUGAUAGAGCGGUGUCUGUAACAACGAUACACGAUUACCAAGAAAAGCAGGAGAAAACUUCAUUCUGGAAAACCUUUGCUAAUUCAAUGGAUAUGUCUCUUUUCAAAGACGUAAGAUAUGUAAACAUCAGUUUGGGAUUGGCACUCUGUUACACCGCAGAUAUAGCAUUUUUCCCAAUCAUCCCGCUAGUUUUGGGUAACAUAGGAUUCAAUUCACAAGACAUUGCGCUCAUGAUGUUCGUCUAUUUUGCGUCUGAUCUGGUUGCAAGAAUAUCGUUGUCCGUUCUAUCCGGAUUCGUACACGUUAAGAGCAGAUAUCUCGUUCUCGGUGGAGCGAUUUUCAGUGCCAUAUUUAGAUUUGCGUUCGUGAGCAACGACACCUAUAUAUGGAAGAUCUUUAUGCUUGCAAUAUUGGGAUUUCUGCGCUGCUUCAUCCAAACACCUUUGCCGUUGGUGUUGUCUGAAGAAUACCCAGAUAAGUUUGCUACUGCGUUCUCUCUUUACAUGGUUGUGAACGGUGCAGUUAGCUUAUUAUGUGGACCACUUAUGAGCAUUGUAAAAUCUUAUACUGGCAGCGAUGUAAUGGUAUGUCACGUUUUAACAACAUCCUUCGGGUUAUGUAUCAUCGCGUGGGCGAUUGAAAUGAUUUUCAAUCGAAAAUCAGUGAUGGACAAGUCUCAUAAACCUUAUGUCUCAUAAAACUUAGAUUGAAAUGUAAAAUUUUUAUUAUUUUUUUUUUUUUUUGGGAUUGAAAUAUAUUAUUUAUUAAAA